UGUGACUUCACCCAUUUGAGUAACUUGAGGACAUCCAGUCUCUCUCUCCAUUCUCACAAUGCUUUACAAUGCUUUAUUAUCACUAGCAGCAUUUAUGUUUUGUCUUAGUCUUUUCCUGGUCCACAGAGCCAGUGUUUUAGAAAACGAUUUUCGCAAACUCCAAGGGGACAUUACUCUUCAAUUAAAUCAGCCACGUUCUGAGGGAGUCAAUGGGAAAAUGGCCAAGAUGUCUAAAACAAGGGAGGACAUAAAGCUAAGUACUUUGCAAAAAGCUCAGAGUUCUCUGAAAAUAUCUUCCAGGAGAGUAAAACGGCAACAGGGCAGCUGCAGAGGGCCAACAUCAUUCCUGCAGUUAACAGCUAACACUAACAAACAGCCAGACAUAAGAGGAAAUAUAACAGUGAUCCCCUGGACUGUUUCUGCGCAGCAAGGAAAUGCAAUUUCACAAAAGGAAAACAGAAUUGUUGUCCAAGAAGAUGGAUAUUACUUGGUGUUUGGACAAGUAUGGUGUCACUGUAACUCAAGCAUAACUAAAUUGAUAUUACAUCUAAUUUGUUCCAACUGUUCUGCUGAUGUUCUGCUUAAUUCACAGGUUUUUUUCAAAAGCCCAAGUACAGUCAUGGGUCAUAUCAUUCAAAGUUGGGGUUCCACUGGAACGGGGACGACAUCAACAGAGCUCUUGCACUGCCUGCAGGAGAUGCCUGAUGAAAAUCCGGCCAAUACUUGCUACACUGCAGGCAUUGUGCAGCUGCAUCAGGACGAUGAGCUCGAACUGGUGGUACCAUACAGGCCCCAUGCCAUCAUCUCUAUGGACGCAGAGUUCACGUUUUUUGGUGUUAUACAACUAAACUGAAACAAGACAGUAUGAAGAUGAUAAACAUGCAGCCUGUUGCUGCAGGAUGUAGGAAACUGACAGUGAGCCAUGUGAGGGGAUGCUGAUAAAGGACAGAGGGACUGACAGCAGCAGAAGAACUGUAGGGACUUGUCAUCAAUCUCUGGUUAUUAACUUUUUAAAUGAACUGCCUAUCUCUACUACUUUUGAAAGCCUUUAGCUUUAAACCAUUAUGUUCUCUUUAUUUAUGGUAUCUUUCAGCGCAUCCACCUGGGCUGUCCCCUAGCAUUGUUUAUGUGUGCUACCACCUCCUUUCAUCAGUCUAUUUUAACCGGUCUCUAUAUACCUUCCUCCACCUCCACUCCGUCUGUUUAUUUGUUCCUCUCAUCUAUUUUAGAAUCGUUUCCGUUUUCCUAAGACUAAGUCAGGAACAAACAAAGGUAUAAAUUUAAAUCGCUCCACUCUGGGGGUGUUUCCCCGGUGGACAUGAGCUGCUUAACACCAUUUAUACUUAAAGAAUCAUGAUAAAAUUUAAGUUGUUAAUAAAUGGGAUUACAUGCCUAAGUACAAAUACAUUCUAAUUAAGGUUCAUCAUUAAUUUUGAGUGUAUAAAUCCAUAUAACUGGCUGCAUUAAACAUAUAAAUAU